CUUUGAGUAGCUGAGAGGCUGUAUCGUUUCCGGCCACAACCACAAAGAGGGCCUUGGGGUGGUUUUAUUUUUUAUUAAUUUAUUUUGCGGCGAUAGAUUUUUGCAGCAAGGGCUGGGGAGGCUAGAGGCCGGCAGUGAGAUUUCUUCCCUUUUCUGUCCUGAAAAACAAUUUCUGGUGGGAAAGGCUGAAACGGAUUAGGGCACUGGGGCAAUGGAUUUAACCUCUUCUGUCCCGUGUCGUGUUUUCAGUCAAAUCCCUCUGAAAGUUCUUUGCCCCAAAGUGAGAAUGUCUGGUUGUCUGAAUGCUGGUCUUUUUGCUUUUGAAGUCCUUUCCUUCUAUCCCAGAUCUGGGAGAGGGUCUUUUCAGUCGAGAAGGAAAACACUCUGCUCAUGCUUAAAAACAUUUUUUAACAUUAGCAGCACAGGCAAAAAUGACUCCAAGAAUGAACUACUGUGUAGGGCUUCUCUGAUAUACUCUGAAACCAAAAUGCGAUUGCAGGGAUGAAACACAAGUCCCUGUAUCCCAUCAGGGCUGGUCUAUUCAUCUUCUACAACCUCUGCCAGAUGUCAACCACUGUACUGAUGAAGCUGCCUUAUACCAGGCCACGUGGGUAUGGUCCACGGCUCAGUGGUACAGCAUCUGGUCCACAGUCCAGCAUCAAUAUCGGACCCAUUUCAGUUGUAUUUUGGAUUUAUAUCCCACUCUAUCCUCGAAGGACAUGAAAGACCUCUACCUGAGACCCCAGAGAGCAGCUGCCAGUCUGAGUAGGCGAUACUGCCCGUGGUAGACUGAUGUUCUUAUUCAAAACAACAACCUGAGCAAAUGCAGCAUACACUGUGCAUACUGAAAUGGAGCAGACUGUCUACCUCUGCCUCUUCUUCCUAACACUGGCUGAAGAUUCUGCCCAGAUUGAGGAUAACAAGAUCCCCAGCUUGUGCGCAGGGCAACCUGGCAUCCCGGGAAACCCGGGCAUUCAUGGCAGUCAAGGGCUGCCCGGUAGAGAUGGACGCGACGGCCGGGAUGGAGCAGCGGGGAUGCCGGGUGAGAAGGGCGAGCUUGGACAACCAGGGCCACCAGGCCCAACAGGAGACAGGGGUGGUGCUGGCAUCAACGGGCUGCCGGGAGAGAAGGGGACCCCGGGGGAGUGCGCAGUGGCCCCUCGCUCAGCCUUCAGCGCCAAGCUCUCCGAGUCGCGCAGCCCGCCCCUGGCCGACCAGCCAGUCGUCUUCGACGUCGUCCUGAUCAACGAACAAGGUCACUACGAUGGGAACACGGGCAAGUUCCUCUGCGAGAUCCCCGGCCUGUACUACUUUACGGUUCACGCCACCGUGUACCGCAUGAGUCUCCAGUUUGACAUCAUGAAGAACGGCAAGUCGGUCGCCUCUUUUUUCCAAUUUUACGGCAACUGGCCCAAGCCCACUUCGCUGUCCGGAGGCACGCUGGUGCGGCUGGAGCCCGAGGAUGAAGUCUGGGUGCAGGUUGGGGUGGGGGACUAUUCUGGCUUCUACUCCAGCGUCAAGACGGACAGCACAUUCACAGGAUUCCUGGUCUAUUCCUACUGGCCAAACUCCCCCGUCUUUGCCUGACUGACGACACCUUCCUCUUCUUCUUCUCCACCGCCUCAUGGUUCGUGGAGAAUUCCUGAGUUCCUGUUCCUAACUCUGCCACUGACAUUAUCCACGGCGAUAGGUCUGUUUUCUUAAUCCAAAGGGUGUGACACCCCAGUAUUUAAUGCCCUUAUGAGGAUCUUUCCGUUGUAAGUGGCACAAGAGCUCCUGUAGACAACGAGGAAAUAGCCGCGUGGCAGAGAAUCAACUAACAUUUGUGUGUUUUGUGAUAGUAAGUAAAGCAAAUUCUCUGAAGGUACACACACCAAACAGACAUUCGCUGGGCCAUUUCUGUUUCCUCCACUCUUGAAUAGGCAAAUAGCAGAAUCUACAGUCAUGAAGUCAAGCUACCUCACCUUAUAUACGGUUCUUGUGAGGAGGAAUAAGAAUAGAUUAGUACUUGCAUGCUGAAAAGUGCCAGAAGAGUAAUUCUAAAUUAGAGUAGUAUUAGAACAAUGUAUUGUCGAAGGCUUUCACAGCCAGAAUCACUGGGGUGCUGUGUGGUUUCCAGGCUGUAUGGCCGUGUUCUAGCAGCAUUCUCUCCUGACGUUUCGCCUGCAUCUGUGGCUGGC